GGCUAUGUUCGAGGUGGACAUGCGAGAGCGGGAUGAUGGUUCGGUGACUCUGGGUGACCAGUGUCCAGUGGCGGUGGGUUCUUUUUUGGACUUUGCGUACUCUGGAGAGGUGCUAAUCACCGACAGCAACGUAGACAUGCUGUUCCAGCUCGCCUCCUUUCUACAGGUUUCAGUCCUGUCCAGAGCGUGCAGCGACUUCCUGAUAGGAACCAUGGAUCUUUGUAGCUGCCUGUCCCUCUUGGCCCUGGCUGAGGCCUACGGCUCCACCUCCCUCCUCAAAAGUGCCAAAGAGUUUGUGGUUCAGAACUUCAACGACCUUUCAAAAACCCAGGACUUCCUGGAUAUGCAGGUGAAUGUGUUGGAGGCAUGCCUGAGGUCCGAUGCUUUAAACAUUCCCAGUGAGGAGGAAGUGGUGACCUCCCUUCUCAGAUGGGUGCGGUGCGAUCUCCCAGGACGACAGAAGCUGUUACCAGGAUUGUUUUCUCUAACAAGAAUGCACCAUGUACCUGCACCUGCACUUAAGACUCUGCGUGAAUAUGACACUCUGCUCUGCGAUGACGAGUCCUGUCUCGCCCUGCUGUCGGGGGCCCAGAGCAGACAGACCCAGUACGACGGCCUGCUCGCUGAUGCCAGGCCGGCCACCACGCAGAGCUACAUCUUCAUCCACAAGACGGAGGAGAACGGAGAAAUCCGUCACACCUUCUGCUACUGUCUGGAAACAGACCAGUGGAAAGAGUUGGAGGGGACAACCACGUUUCCAGACCCACCGGGAUCAUACUUGACCAGUUAUGGCGAGAAGAUGUUUGUCACAGGUGGUUGUCGUGGAAACUGUUGCCGUGCAAUCCGUCUUCACAUAGCAGAACCCUUCCACGAUGCCACUGAUGAGGUUUGGUGCUUCAAUCCUGUGACUCUCACGUGCUCGCCCGCACCGGCCAUGCUAAAGCCCCGCACCAUGCACACGGCUGUGACCUGCCUGGACAGAGUGUACGUCAUCGGGGGGCGGACCAAGGGAUCCAGAGGCGGGGCUCCCAGUUUGCUGGAGGUGGAAUAUUACAACCCUCUGUCAGAGACGUGGUGCUCAGUCAGCCCGCUGCCCACUGCCAUCUUCUACCCUGAAGCCAGUGCUUGUGGCAGCAUCAUCUAUACUCUUGGAUCAGAGGUGGAAAUCACAGGCUCAUUUAAUCCCUCGUUGGACUGUUUUUACAGUUAUGACGCCCAGCAAGACCAGUGGAGCCGCCUGGUGGCAGAGUUUGGCCUGUUCUUCCAUGCCACACUGGUCAAGGCAGUCUCAAUUGAUAACACACUGCACCUAUGUGACCUCUCCACUUAUAAGGUGUACAGUUUUUGUCCAGAGACCAGCGUGUGGAAGGGUGAAGGGUCGUUCGAGUGCGCUGGGUUCAAUGCAGGAGCUGUGGGAAUGAGAGACAGAAUCUACAUCCUGGGUGGAGAUUACUCUCCUGACGAGAUCACAGAUGAAGUUCAGGUAUUCUACAGUGGGAGGAGUCAAUGGGAGGAAGUGGCGCCCAUGCCCAGAGCACUCACCGAGUUUCACUGCCAAAUCAUCAGCUUCAACAGAUACAGAGACCCGUGGGGUGACACUCACUCAUGCGCAUCAGACUAGAGUUUGGGACCUACAUGUGUGUUAUGUAAUAAUCAAUCCCAUGAUGUGUCUCCCUUGUCUUCAAACC